GCUAGCAUCGCCAUGAUGUAAAACGCAUCAUCGCAGGUGCUGUCAGCUGUGCGCUCCUGCCACGCUGUGCGGCUGUCGAGGAGUUGGAGAUGAGCCAAUGACCAGUGGCCAAUUAAAAGCUUAUGGGGCACCCCACCCACCCCCAAUCAUCGUGCGCCUUGGAAGGCCUACCUGCCUACCUCCAACUAGAGACGAUAUAGCUUCAACAGACGACGCCUUUGGCCCUCUCCCCUCCCCGACAUCUCGUCAAACAUCUCCACUCUCCGGGCUGUCCGACCUGCCAUCUGCUGCGAUUGGCCUGCCCCCGAGAUUCGCAUGAAAGGGGCUCGAUCGUCUUCUCAUCCACGCUCGCCCCAACGCCGUCGAGGCAUCAUAACACCGCACUCAAGUACCCCCCAUAUCGAGACCCGCGACGUAGGACGUCUUAGCCCACCAUGUCGAACGGACGAGCUGCAUUGUCACUUUACCGGCGUUCCCUUAAGCUCGCUCUCGACUGGGCUGUUCACCGACACCUGUGGCGUGGUCAGGCGCUCUACAUCCGAUCGCUCUUUGAGGCCAACCGCAAUAUUGUAGAUGUCAGGAAAAAGAAGGCGUUACUGAGCGAGACGGAGAAAUUGCUCGAGACAUGGAAACACCCCGAUCCUUAUUGUCACCCGACUGCUCCUGGAGGAUCCAAAUUUGAGAGAAACCUCCCAGUACAUAACACAGCUCCUCCUCCACCGUUGAAAUUUUAGACGAGGGGACAUCAAGACCCGGGGAAGCAUAGGUACCUUAUAUCAACCUGUACAUAGACUUGUAAUCUGCGCAUAGAAAAAAUAUUGUCUCGAAUUACACCACAAUAUGGGGUUCGUGUUAGACGAAGUGAUGAAUAUACGCAACUUGGCCUAAUAUUUGAAUUCACCGCCAACUCUUCA